CAGCGCCUUCACUCUUCCAUUUCCAUUGUCAUUGUCAUUAUUGUGUACACCAUGCAGUUGAACGGCGUCAACGGCGGCGGUACCACCAACGGAAGCAGCGCCGUGCUGGUGCGCGGCUCGUCUGUCGUGGAGCAGAAGCUGCAGUUCUCGACGCGGCCAAUGACGGUCGCAUUCAAAGACCUCAGUUUCACAGUGACGGUCAAGCCAAACACGUACCCCGCAGCCAAGGCCGGAGACAAGGCCACCGCUCCUGCUGCGUCUGCGUCUGCGUCUGCCUCUAUCGAUGUUGAUGUUGGUGCUGCGGCUGCACCUGCGCCUCGCGGCAAGAAGCAGCUGCUCGUCGAGAAGAAGAUUCUGAAGGGCGUUACGGGCAGCUUUGAGUCUGCGCGCUUUACCGCCAUCAUGGGCGCCAGUGGCGCUGGCAAGACGUCCCUGCUCAAUGUGCUGGCUGGUGAAGUUGCUGCUGGAACGGUCGAUGGCACCGUGUCUGUCAAUGGUCAAGAAAUCGAUCCGGGUCGCGUUAUGCGCCGCAUUGCUGGAUUCGUCUUCCAAGAUGAUAUUAUUCUCGGCACCAUGACCGUCCGCGAGGCAAUUACCAUGUCGGCGCUCCUUCGCUUGCCACGCAGCCUGGCGCUGGAAACCAAGAUGGCGCGUGUGGAGACAGUCAUCCAGCUGCUGCGGCUGGACAAGUGCGCUGAUACGUUGAUCGGCAGCGCUCACGUCAAGGGUGUCUCGGGCGGUGAGCGCAAGCGUGCUGCUGUGGCCAUGGAAAUGAUCACCAACCCUUCCAUCCUGUUCUGCGACGAGCCCACCUCUGGCCUCGAUUCGUUCAGCGCGUUCAGCUUGUGCCAGACGCUCAAGUCGCUGGCUGCCGCGGGUUGCACGGUCGUCGCUACCAUCCAUCAGCCUUCGUCCGAGAUUUACCACAUGUUUGACGAGCUUCUGUUGCUCGCAGACGGUCGCGUCAUGUACAUGGGCGAGCUCGAGUACGCGGUCGAGUACUUUGGCGCGCGUGGCUUCUCGUGCCCGCGCUACACCAAUCCUGCGGAUUACUUCUUCAUGAGCGUGCUGAACGACGCCACCCACUCCAUGUUCGAUGAGGACGCGGACAACCAUGACGACGAGAAAGACCUCGGCGAAGUGGCGAGUGGCACAUCGGGCUUUGCUCUCAAGGACGAGAGCGACAGUGGCAGCUAUCACAGCGCCAUUGACGGCACCCCGAUGACGACUCUUGCGCUUGUCAAGCCAAACCAGGCAGUCAAGGAAACCGCUGACGCUCGCGUGCAGCGUUUGCUGAACAUGUGGCCCACCACCGAGCAAUGCGCUGCCAUUGAGGAGCGAGUCAACAAUCCCACCUUCACGGACGGUGUCAAGAGCACCGAUCUCAAGGUUGGCGCGUCUCUCACUGAGCAGUACCAGUUCCUCGCUCGUCGCGCGUUCAAGAAUGCCCUUCGUAACCGGUUUAUGGUCCGAGCCCGUCUUGGCCAGACCAUUUUCCUCGGCCUGCUUGUUGGCUUGAUUUUCUUGCAAAUCUCGGACGAUCAAGCAUCUGUUCAAAACCGCACUGGUGCACUUUUCUUUGUGGCCACCAACACAGUUAUGACGGGCACAAUGGGCGUCAUGACAGUCUUCUCGGUCGAAAAAGUCGUGUUUAUGCGCGAAUUUUCGUCCCGCUAUUACAAACUCUUGCCAUAUUUCGCGAGCAAAAUCAUGGUUGAGCUUCCGUUCCACGUCUUGUUCCCGCUGCUCUAUGUGGGCAUUCUGUACUUUAUGAUUGGCUUCCAAGCAACUGCAUCCAAGUUCUUUAUCAUGGCUUUCACAACCGUUAUUUUGGCCAACUGCGGUGCGGGUCUUGGCCUCUUGAUUGGCUGCAUGGUGAGCGACAUUGCCGUCGCCAUGGCCGUUGUUCCCAUGGUUUUGCUGCCGUUGAUGAUUUUCAGUGGUCUCUUCCUCAACCUGAAUGACACUCCGUACGAGUUUUACUGGGUGCCAUACAUUAGCCCGAUUAGAUACGCCUAUGGAGCCUUCUUGAAUAACGAGAUGGACGGUCUUGUCUUCUCCUGCACUUUGCCGAACGGCACGGAACACCACGGCCUGGGCUGCCCGAUUCCCUACGGCGAGACGGUUGUCAAAAACCUCGGCUUUGACACGCUCAGCGUUCUGGAGAACUGCAUCAUCCUGAUCUGCAUGUGGAUUGUCCUCUUGGGCACUGGCUAUCUGUUCUUGUACAAGAACUCGAAGCGACCAUCCGGCGCCAAGAUGGUGCCCAAGGUCAAAUCCCAUUAAGUGCGCCGCCCCCUUUCAGUAGUUAGCUGCAUUCUGCGCUAGCUGCCCUUAUUAGUUUAUGUUUCUUCUUGUGAUGGUUUUUAAUAUUGGUCCGUUUGCCGCCUUGCCGCUUGUUUGCCGUUCAUAUUCCUUUUUUUGUGCAAAAAUACAAACCAAAUCGAAUACGAUAAA